AACAACUCUUUUGUAUAUGUAUAUACUUAUCAUAUACACUCCCAUCCAACCUGCUCUAUUUGGCAUUGUUCAUAGAUCCAAAUAAGAAAAUCUGCUCUUUUCUUUUUGGCAUCAUACAUAUUCGGCAGUUGAAGAAGAAGACGAACAAGUGAUUUACUGUAGUUUUUUUUUAUAAGCUGAUUCAUGCUUUCUUGGCUGAUUGUGUGUGUUCAUAAUGAGAUAAUCCCAUCAACAAAGUUCAGAUGUUGAUCCUCUUAAUCAUGUGCCGUGGCAAUCAUUUUCGAGGAAAUUUAUAAUUUACGCAGAUUUUGACUUAUGAAUUUAUUAUGCAUUCAGGUUCUUCAAAUGUUUUUUUAAUUAGUAGCAUGUUAAUUAUGAGAUCUACUCUUAAUAAAUUCUAAAUGUUUGUAUUAUCUCUGUUAGGCUCAAAUUUAUAGUUGCAAUAGUUUCUGUUUUCUUCCACAGAAGAGACAUAUUGAAUCAUCGUAAAUGGAGGCAACGAUGAAGGAGCAGCUGCUGCCGAACAAUGGAGAAGAUCUCAAGAAAAAGAUAUGGAAUGAGAGCAAGAAAAUGUGGAUUGUUGCUGGCCCUGCUAUCUUAAUCAGAUUCUCAACUUUUGGGGUAAAUGUUGUCAGCCAAGCUUUCGUAGGCCAUAUUGGCGCCACCGAGCUUGCUGCAUACACGCUCGUCUACUCCGUGCUGCUCAGAUUCUCCAAUGGCAUACUGGUUGGCAUGAAUAGCGGAUUUGGAACGCUGCACGGGCAAGCGUUUGGCGCUAAGCAGUACCAAAAUCUGGGGGUAUAUCUCCAGCAAGGGUGGAUUGUGUUGCCUACCGUCUCGACUAUACUCUGUCCACUGCUAGUUUUUGCUGCCCCGAUCCUAAAAGCGUUAGGCCAAGACCAACUCAUUGCAGAAACCGCGGGAAUCAUAGCUCUCUGGUUCAUUCCAUUAACGUUUUCGUUUGCUGUGCUAUGUGCCUCCAACAUGUUUCUGCAGUCACAGAGCAAGAUCAUCGUGCUCUCGUGCUUAUCCACCUUUUCUCUAUUAGUACACGUCUUCCUCUCGUGGCUUCUUACCGUGCGGUUUGAAUUUGGGAUGACUGGUGCCAUGGUUUCUACCACUCUGGCCUAUUGGAUCCCGAAUGUAGGCCAGAUUAUCUACAUUGUCUGUGGUGGCUGUCGGGAGACGUGGAGAGGCUUCACAGCGUUGGCGUUCAAGGAUCUCGGGCACACAGUCAAGAUUGGUGUGACCUCGUGCCUCAUGUUCAGCCUUGAGUUCUGGUACAAUGCAGUGCUGAUUCUGUUAAGUGGAAACAUGGUGAAUGCUGAGGUUUCUGUUGAUGCUCUUUCUAUCUGCCUCAACAUGAGUGGAUGGGCUCAAAUGAUAUCCACAGGUUUCAUGGCAACUGCAAGCGUUCGCGUGGCCAAUGAGCUGGGGAGGGGAAAUGCGGGAGCUGCAAAGUUUUCCAUUCUGAUGAUACUAGUUACCUCAUUCUCCAUUGCGCUUGUGGUGUUUGUGGUGUUUAUCGUCUUGAGGGGUGAGCUAGCUUACGCGUUCACCACAAGCAAGGAAGUGGCGGGUGAGGUAGCUCGUUUGUCGCCUCUUCUUGGGUAUAGCUUGCUUCUCAACGGCGUUCAGCCUAUACUUUCAGGCGUGGCAGCGGGGGCAGGGCGACAAGCCACGGUCACAUAUGUCAACCUUGCAUCCUACUAUUUGAUAGGAAUACCUUUGGCAGUUAUACUUGGUUUUAGCCUAAAUUUGCAAGUUCAAGGUGUUUGGAUUGGGAUGAUAAUCGGGUCGACUGUCCAAACCGUUAUACUUGUCGUCAUGACUUGCAUGACUGACUGGGAUGAACAGAUUUGUCUAGCACACAAACGAAUCAAUCGCCCACUCAUUUCGGAGUUGAAACCUUAAUUCCACACAACACAACCAUUCUACUUCAAUUUCAUCUAUUAUUUGAAUUCAAAUUUUCAAUAUUAGUAAUUUCUUAUGGUAAGGGUUUCGAGCACAUUUUGGGAUGGAUAUUUUUAGUUCCUAAACGACGGACGCUUUAGGGAUAUAAUUCAACACAAUAUUAGUAUGAUCACUUUAGCUCACACUUGUGUGCAUGUUUUUAUCUAAAAGGCUGUGGGUUGUAAUGAUGAAGAAUGGAAUGACACCUCCAAUCAUUCCUAUUUAUUGAAUACUUUGUUUUCGUCUUAUUGAUCACAUUUCUCCUGCUACUAUGUAUACCAAGCAUACCAGCCUUUUUUGCUAGAGCUACCAAAUCUGCUACCUAAAUCUCCACACAACAAUCGAGCAAACCACGACUUCGAACAAUGACACUCUGGCCUCACUGGCAACGGCUAGGGCCAAAGACGUCUCCCCACACUUCGGGGGGGGGCCAUGCAGCAGAAUCCGGGACAUAGGCUCGACUCCAAGGUAGCACAGCAGCUUCAACUGAUGCAGAGAUAGAGAUCAUACAUAUUGAUUGUCUUCAUUUAUUAGUGUUUCAAGUGGUGGUCUUUGAAAAAUAUCCAUGUAAUUAUCAACAUCUUCCUUCACAAUGCUUUAAACCUUUUAUUGUUCGUUUAUAAACACAUAUUGAGCUUA